AUUUAUUUAGUGGUUUUAGACCCGAUAUGGUGUCGCCAUCAUAAUGUAUAUUCUAUGUAGUUGUUUGACAUGGUUUAUUCGCCUGUAUCAAGCCAUGGAUUUAUACUUUUAGGUCUUUUAUCUUUGUUAACCUCAGCCUCCCUAUCGUUUUCAUAUUACGCCAGUUAUUUUCUUUUGUUUCUUUUAGUUUUUGUAGUUUAUUUCUUCCGAGAUCCAAAGAGAUCUGUUCCUUUUGAUGAUUCCUUAGUUUUAAGCCCAGCAGAUGGCACAGUAACUUCGGUAAAAGUAGUAGAUUCCCCUUUGGGAGACGGCUCGAAAUUGACCAGAAUUUCAGUUUUUUUGAGCAUUACCAACGUACACGUAAAUCGCUCACCAGUAACAGGUGUUGUAAAAUCUGUAGAAUAUAAGAAAGGCAAGUUCCUUAACGCCCUAGACGAAGAUUCCGCUACAAAAAAUCAAAUGAUUCGUACAGUAUUCAAAACUACCUACGGGGACCAUACUCUCGUUGUAGAACAGCUCGCAGGUCUUAUAGCAAGAAGAGUAGUUUGUGAUUUAGACCCUGGUAACACUGUUAAACUCGGGUCCAGAAUGGGAAUAAUUAAGUUCGGAAGUAGAGUUAAUGUGUUCCUUCCAAAGGAUAUGAAGCCGCUAGUGUCCAAAGGCCAAAAGGUAAGAGCCGGCGAAACAAUAUUCGCAUACAUGGACCCCAGAUUGAAUACCAAGGAACUCACAUACCACGUUUGUUGAUAAGUUGUAAUAAUCUAAUACACA